UCUUAUCAAGUGGGAAGUAACAGCUACCGUGACGUCAGGGAGGGCGGAGAUCUGUGGAACCGGAAGCAGACGCUUGUUCGUGUUAGGGAAAAAAAAGGAACGUCAUCCGGCAGCCAAAGAGAAGCGAGGAGAAAAGCAGUGUGCGUUUAGCUACAUAGCAGCUCAGACUUAUACCAAAAUGGCAGCUGACACGUCUGUGGAUAUGUAUGCAAAAGUCAUGGAGAAUCAGCUUCUUCAGACAGCCAAAAUAAUGGAAGAGCAGUUAGAUGCUGAACUAGAGAAACUCGACAAAACAGAUGAAGAUGAAAUGGAGCUUCUAAAAGAAAGAAGACUUGAAGCCUUGAAGAAGGCACAGAAACAAAAACAAGAAUGGCUAUCUAAAGGACAUGGGGAAUAUCGAGAGAUACCCAGUGAAAGAGAAUUCUUCCAGGAAGUGAAAGAGAGUAAAAAUGUUGUCUGCCAUUUCUACAAAGAUUCCACCUUCAGAUGUAAAAUUCUGGACAAACAUUUGCCAAUGCUUGCGAAAAAGCACGUCGAGACCAAGUUUCUAAAGCUGAAUGUGGAGAAAGCGCCCUUCCUGUGUGAAAGACUGCACAUAAAAGUCAUUCCUACACUGGCACUGGUAAAAGAUGGCAAGACUAAAGAUUACAUUGUUGGCUUCACAGAUCUGGGAAACACUGAUGAAUUUACCACAGAGACAUUAGAGUGGAGACUUGGUUGUGCUGGUAUUAUAAACUACAGUGGGAAUCUAAUGGAGCCACCGUUUCAAAACCAGAAGAAAUAUGGCACACAUUUUACAAAGCUGGAAAAGAAAACUAUAAGAGGAAAAAAGUAUGAUUCAGAUUCUGAUGAUGAUUAGAUGUGUGGAUAGCUGUUUAAGCACUUAUUUGUACUUGGGAGUCUUGGGUACCUCUUAGGCCUGGAUUACAUGGGUGAACAAUCCCAUAUGAAUCAAGUUGCACUUACUCUUCUCCACUAGGCAUCAUUAUUCCGUUUUUAACAGCUGCGCCUGUUGCCCUUAUUUUCUUAGAGCUAGAAAUCCGCACAGGAAAAGAGGACGCUAACUUCCACCUCCUAGGUUUCUAAUGUAUGCCAGAAUUUGCUGUAGAAAAUAAUCUUAUCUGCCUGUGUGAUCAAUCACAUGCUGUUAUUUAUAUGUAAACCAGGCCUAACAAGUGCAGUCUUAUAGAAAAAAAAGUCAUAGGGAUCAGGUGGUUAUGUUAAAUGUACACUUUAGUAAAAGUGUUCACUAAUAAUUUUCUUUGUAUAAAAUGGCUUAGCUAAAUAUAUUUAUAGGCUGAGAACAUGUAUCUUUGAGUAGUUUAGUCAGUUCAUUUCAACUACAAUCAUCUUUUACAUCUUAGCCUUUUGUAAAGAAUAAAACAUUUUAUACAAGUAUCUCUGAUAUUUGUGUGACACAGCAACUGAAAUAGAAAGAAUUUUGAAGAUAGUGAUUUUUUUUUUUUUUUGUUCAUGUUCAAAAAAUAUUUUUGAAAUCAUUACAUGAGCAACUUGUGCCAGACUUUAGUAGGUAACUGUGCAGCUGUCAAAACAACCAUUGUAACAAAAUUGAUGAACUGGGGGGGGGGAAGAAGCAAAGUAAAAAUACUCUUUUUUUGAAGGCAAUUGUAUUACAAUUCAAUGAGCCUUAUUUAAAACAGUUACUCUUUUUUAUUUGUAGCAAUAUCGGUUUUCAUAUUAAUAUAUUUUGCUGUCUGAACAGAUCUGAAAUAAACUUUAAAACUCUU